AUGGGGGCAAAUCCUGAAACACCUAGAAGAUUGAGUAGACGACGGCUCCAUCCAGAGUCUCACACACCUGCUUCCUUUCAGUCUCGCCACCACACAAGUUUAUCAUCCAUCCCUUACCCACCAAUCCCUGACCCCCUAACCCUCACCCUACAUCCCUUAAUCCCUCCCUCCCCCUUUUUUUAUAUACAUUCAAUAUUUUUUAUAUUCAAAUAAGUAAUAAACAGUGCUAUUCCUAACUUAGAGGUGUGGUCAUUGUAAGUGAAUGCUACAGUAGUUUACAUUCUAAGCAGUCAUUAUUAUGAUUAGUAAAAGUUUUUCAUUUUUGCAUCUUUAAGUUCAUGUCAGGGCAAAGUGAAUACCAAAGUUGUGUUUGUGUGCAACUGAAACUUUCCUGUCUAGUUUCCCCAUGGAGUGGUGACUGGGAUGAUGUAAUUGCAGUAUGUUUGACAAGAUAAAGAGACUUUGCUGCUUUGGCGAAACCACAUUGGUUAGAUGCCAUGCCACAGACCACACACAGCCAGAAUGAGGAUCAUAUGGGAGUAGUGAUGCCGCAGAUGUAAAUAACUGAGUCUAUUCGGAUUUAACCUUCUUUCUCAAUUUGUGUUGAUAUUAGGGAUCAUUACGAAUCCUAAUCUGUAAUUUAUGCAUCAAUUCAUUGUACGCUACUAUUGUUUUUAACCCCAAUUCCUUUUGGGUCUUCUGUCAUCUCAUGUCAUUUUUAAUGAUGAAUGCAUACUACAGGGUUUUGUAAUACAGUCAUCAGUCUUGUAGUGAUUUUUUCUGUCUUAGCCCUGAUGGCAUAUGACAAACAUGUGGCCAUUUGUCAACCUCUAGUCUAGAUUUCUUCCUGAUAGUAUGAUACAAUAUUAUCGUCACUGUGGAAAUCUCUCAUUUAGUUCAGUGCUCUUCAACAUUCAACACAAGUACCUGCGUCAAUUAAUGCCAGAACCGACCAGCGACUGAACAGGUAACAAGAAGGGAAAGCUGCGCUGUAUCUUUUGACAGGAUCCAACUGUAGAUUUGAUUUAAUUCAACAAACCUCCUCCAGUAAUGUGUAUGAGGUAAAUGGAAAACAAUACUCAUCCCCCUUAUUUUAACCUCACUAUCUUCAUGAACUUGGGCAAAUACCGCUACCCGACAUUCGUCUUGUGUUUCCUGUUGUAUGCUUUUAUUGUCUCAGCUAAUCUUGUCAUAAUACUGGCAAUAUCACAAGAGAAAAAAUUACAUGAGCCCAUGUAUAUUUUCAUUAUGUGUCUCUCUAUCAACUCUUUGUACGGCUCUGCUGGCUUCUUCAUCAGAUUUUUCAGAGACCUUCUUUCUGAUACUCAUUUGAUCUCACGAUCGGCAUGUUUCAGUCAGAUCUACAUCAUUUACACAUACGCAUCCUAUGAACUCACCAUUUUGGGCAUUAUGGCAUAUGAUCGGUAUGUUGCUGUAUGUCAACCUUUACAUUACCACAACAAAAUGACCUUGAAGAUGGUGUGUAAGUUGGUGGUCCUAGCAUGCAUCUAUCCAGCCGUCUCUGAUGCUGUCUGUGUUUAUCUGUCCUCCAGACUUCCCUUGUGUGGCAAUAAGAUACCAAAGGUGUUCUGUGCAAACUGGCCUGUUGUAAAACUGUCAUGUGUCCCUACUGUGCUCAAUAAUCUUAUUGGAAUGCUUGUGACCAUAAGCACAGUCUUUCUGCCCCUGGCUUUUGUCCUGUAUACAUAUGUACGGAUAUUUCUGUUGUGUAGAAAACGCUCCUCAGAGUUCAAGAGCAAAGUGGUGCAAAGCUGUCUGCCACACAUCGUUACAUUCGUCAAUUAUUCCAUUACUUUGUUUUGUGACGUUGCCCUCAGCAGAAUUAAUCUUGAAGUGGUGAAUCCAUUUCUAGGCAUAACCCUGUCAGUGGAGUUUGUUGUGAUUCCCCCCAUUCUGAAUCCUCUUGUGUAUGGCCUGAAGUUACCAGAAAUUAGAAAAGUUAUAUUAAGAAUGUUAUCAUGCUCAAUACAUGACAAACCAAUCGUUAAAAACAACAUUAACACAUUAACAUAGCAUAAAGG